ACUUUUAAACUGUCAUGAAUAUCAUCCCUCUACCCAGAAAAUGCCCGCUGGCACAGAACACCAGAUUUUGUGCCCAAUUUCAGGCAUCCACAGACCUUUUGAAGUCUUCCUACCACCUGAAUGAAGUGAUCCUGAGUUUUCAACUGAAUUUUUCUCUUCUGUAAUAAGAGGGGUGUGUGACUUUGGCCAAUCUCUUCUCUGGCAGCUUCAGUUGCAUCAGCUAUAAAAGGAACACUUUUAUAAAAGUCCCUACUCCAUAGGCGUGUUGCGAGGCUUAGCUGAGAUACAGGCAUAAAAGGGUUUUGAGGGUUGUACAGAAUCGUUAUUACUAUUGCUUUGACCACUAGUAGGAGAGAGGCCACGGAGCGGCGUUAACUCCCAUGUAGCAGUGUCACAGGAGAGGGGGAUGGAAAAAGGAGACAGCCCUCUCGCUCUCCACUCCCUUCCCCCACAUCCAACGCUGGGGGCGGGGAUCCACUAGAGGGAAGAGGCCUGACCAGGGCGUGGGCGUGGCUGGAGACAGACUUAGGGGUGGAGCUUCAGGGGCAGGGGCGGGGCCUCGCGAGAUCCAGAGUCUGGGCAUCCGGUUGUGGAGCGCAGCUGCUCAGGGGCGUGGCUGCUGCGGAGCAUCCUUCAGCCCCGCAGAGCCCCAGCUCCAGCCGCGCUUUGUUCGGUAGGCAACCUCCGCUGCCCUCAGGUGUCUUCAUCCCUUUCUCACCUCCCGGCUCUCUCCUCCUGCCCUCUUCCUGCAUCUAGGCCUGCAUCCUUUUCCCCAACCUCUGAGCCCUCACCCUGCCCUCACUCCUUCCCCAAACUUCUGGCCGACGCCCCGGCCUGGUACCCUUCUCUUCAAUCCUGCGUCCUGAAUCUUCUUUCUCUUGGUCCCCUCGCGGGUCGCCCUUUUCCCAAGGCCCAAGUCUCUCCGCCCUGCCCCGUUCCUCCGAGCCAGGAAUGUCCCCGGCAGGCUGGUGCCCAUGGUCCUGACGCUGCUCCUCUCCGCCUACAAGCUGUGCCGCUUCUUUGCCAUGUCGGGCCCACGGCCGGGAGCCGAGCGGCUGACGGUGCCAGGGCCGGAUGGGGGCAGUGGCGCGGGGCCGUGGUGGGCUGCCGGCGGCCGCGGUCCCCGCGAAGUGUCACCUGGGGUGGGCAGCGAGGUGCAAGGCGCCCUGGAGCGUGCACUGCCCGAGUUGCAGCAGGUGCUGUCUGCGCUGAAGCAGGCGGGCGGCGCGCGGGCAGUGGGUGCCAGCUUGGCCGAGAUCUUUCAGCUGGUGGAGGAAGCCUGGCUGCUGCCGUCCGUGGGCCGCGAAGUGGCCCAGGGUCUGUGUGACGCCAUCCGCCUGGACGGUGGCCUCGAUCUGCUGUUGCGGCUUCUGCAGGCGCCUGAGCUGGAGACUCGAGUGCAGGCCGCUCGCCUGCUGGAGCAGAUCCUGGUGGCUGAGAACAGGGACCGAGUGGCGCGCAUCGGGCUGGGCGUGAUCCUGAACUUGGCAAAGGAGCGCGAACCCCUGGAGCUGGCGCGGAGCGUGGCGGGCAUCUUAGAGCACAUGUUCAAGCACUCGGAGGAGACGUGCCAACAGCUGGUGGCUGCCGGCGGCCUGGACGCGGUGCUGUACUGGUGCCGACGCACGGACCCCGCGCUGCUGCGCCACUGCGCGCUGGCUCUGGCCAACUGCGCGCUGCACGGGGGCCAGGCGGUGCAGCGGCGCAUGGUGGAGAAGCGCGCCGCGGAGUGGCUCUUCCCGCUCGCCUUCUCCAAGGAGGACGAGCUGCUGCGACUGCAUGCUUGCCUGGCGGUGGCGGUGUUGGCAACCAACAAGGAGGUGGAGCGCGAGGUGGAGCGUUCGGGGACUCUGGCGCUCGUGGAGCCGCUUGUGGCUUCGCUAGACCCCGGCCGCUUCGCCCGCUGCCUGGUGGACGCCAGCGACACAAGCCAGGGCCGCGGGCCAGACGACCUGCAGCGCCUGGUGCCGCUGCUCGAUUCGUCACGCUUGGAAGCGCAGUGCAUCGGGGCUUUCUACCUCUGCGCGGAGGCUGCCAUCAAGAGCCUGCAAGGAAAGACGAAGGUGUUCAGCGAGAUCGGUGCCAUCCAGAGCCUGAAACGCCUCGUUUCCUACUCCACCAAUGGUACCAAGUCUGCGCUGGCCAAGCGCGCACUGCGCCUGCUGGGCGAGGAGGUGCCGCGGCCCAUCCUGCCCUGUGUGGCCAGCUGGAAGGAGGCCGAGGUCCAGAUGUGGCUGCAGCAGAUAGGCUUUUCCCAGUACUGCGAGAGCUUCCGGGAGCAGCAGGUGGAUGGCGACCUGCUCCUGCGACUCACGGAGGAGGAACUCCAGGCCGACCUGGGCAUGAAAUCGGGCAUCACUCGCAAAAGGUUCUUUAGGGAGCUCACGGAGCUCAAGACCUUCGCCAACUACGCUAUGUGCGACCGCAGCAACCUGGCUGACUGGUUGGGCAGCCUGGACCCGCGCUUCCGCCAGUAUACCUACGGCCUGGUCAGCUGUGGCCUGGACCGCUCCCUGCUGCACCGCGUGUCCGAGCAGCAGCUCCUGGAGGACUGUGGCAUCCGCGUGGGCGUGCACCGCACCCGCAUCAUCGCAGCCGCCCGAGAAAUGCUACACUCCCCACUGCCCUGCACUGGCUGCAAGCCCAGCGGGGACACCCCGGAUGUCUUCAUCAGCUACCGCCGGAACUCAGGCUCCCAGUUGGCCAGCCUCUUGAAAGUGCACCUGCAGCUGCAUGGCUUCAGUGUCUUCAUUGAUGUGGAGAAGCUGGAAGCUGGCAAGUUUGAGGACAAACUCAUCCAGAGUGUCAUGAGUGCCCGCAACUUCGUGCUGGUGCUGUCAGCUGGGGCAUUGGACAAGUGCAUCGAGGACCAUGACUGCAAGGACUGGGUGCACAAGGAGAUUGUGACUGCUUUAAGCUGUGGCAAGAACAUCGUGCCAGUCAUUGAUGGCUUCGAGUGGCCUGAGCCCCACGUCCUGCCUGAGGACAUGCAGGCUGUGCUUACCUUCAAUGGCAUCAAGUGGUCCCACGAGUACCAGGAGGCUACCAUUGAGAAGAUCAUCCGUUUCCUGCAGGGCCGCUCCUCCCGGGACUCAUCUGCGGGCUCUGACACCAGUUUGGAAGGUGCUGCAACCAUGGGCCCAACCUAAUCAGUCCCCAGCUCCCAAGCCCUGCUGUGACUCCCAUGUCCAUCAUCCUCUCUAAAGGAACAGCUCCUGCAACUGGCCUCCCUGGGCUGAGACAGCCUGGGCUCUUCUCAGGAAAUGGCUCUCUGUCUCCAGCUUCAUGGCCCACCUGAACCCACUUCCUCAGUAUUUGGAAAGUGAAGGGCACAGGCAUGGGAUGGGUUACACCUUCCCCAGACCCUGACCUCAUGUCCUCUGUCUUGGGCAUGGGGAGGGUCCCUGGUCAGUUCUGAAGGCACUAGAGGCACCGCAGCCGGCUUGAGGAGGGUGAAGACUUGCAGCCUCCAGCAGGACUCAGGGCAGUGCCCAGGCCUCUCAGCUUGGGCCCAGGAGCCAGCAGAGAUGAGAGUCCAACAUGGCUCCGCACCCAGAUUGUGCCUGGUGCCUGGGUUCACCACCUCUUUCCUCUCUGUGGCCUUGCCCUGUAACCAUCUAGUGCCCCCACCCAGCCUUCCUCUGAUGUGGUAUCCCUUGCAAUAUCCAAGGCUAGGGUUGGGCCAAACUGGCCCCUGUUCUGACUACUCUGUAGCUGCAAAGUACCCAAGAACCUCCUGCUUGGGCCUUGGCCUGGGCCUGGGCAAAGAGAGGCCAAGUCUCAAAGCCUACCUUAGCCCAGGUCUUGGUGCUGUGUCUCAGGCUUCUGCCUGGUCUGGCCCAACCUGUCAUCCUGCAUCUCUGAAAGGCUGCCCACUCAUUUGCUCAGGAAUGUGGUAGCCUCCCUAAACAGCAAAAGUAGCCUGGGCGGAACCUGAAGCUCCUUGGGAAGAGGCAGGAUCGUGAAGAAGGGAAAAGGUUAUUACCCAGGGAAGCUUCUUCAGUUUUAACGUGCAUUCAAAUCACCUGGGAAUCUUGUUAAAAUUCAAAGCAGGUGUGGGCUGGUGGCUCACAUCUAUAAUCCUAGCACUCCGGGAGGCCAAGAUGGGAGAAUCGCUUGAGCUCAGGACCACCCUGAGCAAAGCAAGACCCUGUCUCUACUAAUAAUAGAAAAAUUAGCCAGGCAUGGAGGUGGGUACCUAUAGUCCCAGCUACUUGGGAGGCUGAGGCAGGAGGAUCACUUGAACCCAGGAGUGUGUGAUUGCUGAGCUAGGCUGAGGGCAUGGCACUCUAGCCUGGACGAGAGAGUAGACUUUGUCUUUAAGGAAAAAAAAAAUCAACUUAAGCGAUCUGGAACGGGGCCUGAGACUCUGCAUUUCUUAUGAAUUCCCAGGUGAAUUGAUGCUGAUGCCUUUUUUUCAACCUAUAAGGACCAGCCAAAGGGCUAAUGCUUUGAGCAGCAAGUCUCUAGAACAUGAAUCCCUCACAAAUCUUUGUCAUUUCCCAGGCACUCUACUGUCCUUAUCUGUGGAAUGGGGAUGAUAAUACCCACUAGGCUUGCUGUGGUGACUACAGAGACCACGCCUUGGAGUAGAGUGCCUGAGUGAUAAGCCCUGUUUCCCAAGUUAUUUGUGGCAGCCCUGGAUCCAGACUGAGGCCUCCUGGCACCCAGAACACUGCUGUGGGACUGCUCUCCUGAGGAGCCCCCAGGGAACUAUGCCCCAGGUGGGCUGUUAUUUCUCCCUUGCCCCAAAGAAUCUAGCGGUGGGAGAUAGGAUUUUGCAAGGAAAGGCUGACCAGGGGCUGUAGAAAAUAAGCGAGCAGGAAUGCCCCUCUGCCUCUCCUUCCACUGGGAUGACAGGGCAAGAAAGUAUCUUCCAUCUGAUAAACCAGGCUCCAGUCGGUGGGGCAGCUGGACCUGCCCUGCCUUCCCCCUCCCAAGGGCUUCGGGUUCACACAUCAAGGCUGGCUCAGCAACUAGCCCCUUCCCUGCCACGCUUGCCAGGUUACUCCUAGCUCUUGGGCCACACCAUCAGAGUCAAAGUCUCACCCCAGGUUUGGACCCCUUCCUUCUACUUCCCUCCCUGCCAAAGAUGCCAUUCAGCCAGUUUGGGUCCCAACGCUGGCUGCACUACAUCCUCCCUUCCUCACGCAGCAUGAGGGCUCACUAGUGCCAGGCCCAGGGCUGGGGUGUGAUGCCAUGAACCGGGCAGACUGGAGGCCUCGCAGUCAGUGACAAUACAAUGCAUGAGUAUCUCCAGGGGACGCUGUCUGUCUUCCUGUCUCAUCAGUCCCUGUCCCUCCUGAAGUCCCCGUGGGCAGUACUGCUAAGUUUUCAUUCUGGCACAUGCUCCACUGCUUCCACCACCCUCUGGCCUUCUGGUUGACCUUUGCUCACUCCUCUGUCUCUCUGGGGAAUCAGUGCCCAGCCUCCAGCCCCAUCACAAGCAGCUGAUGAGCCUCUCCCAGUCAGCCCGAUGAGUUCAGGAGUGACAGACACCAUUGACUGCCAGGGCAAGCAUGAAGGCCUGCUCCUCAGGUCUGAUUCAGAUACAGAGGGCUCAGAGGUGGCCCUUCCCCAAAGCUUGCUCUGACACAGGUCUGCAGGGUCAGGGUUUUCUGCUUGGCUGGUCUGCAGCUGCUGCCCCUGCUGGUGACAGAGUCAGCUAAGUCCUCCCCUAAUUCUUCCAGGGGCAAGCACUGCUCAGGGACAUUCAAAGGUCAGAAGUCCAUCCAUAAUUUAGUCAUCCUUCCCCUAAGGCCCACUUUGGCCCACGAAGAGAGACAUCGCAUUCUAGAAUAUACAGGUGGGAGAAUCUCAGAGCAUCAGCUAAUUGUUUCCUAACUUCUCCAACCAGAUGUGAUCCCCCAGUCACACACUGGGGCAUUGCUGACAGAGACUUACCCGUAGGGGCUUGCUCAAAGUCACAUAGCUAGUGAGAGGCCAUCACCAAAGACACUCUCAGAGCCUUUCCCCUUUUCUUGGAGCCUGUGGAGACUACAUCUCUUUGCUUUGGUGUUCCCAACCGGAGGCCCCACCUGGCCCUGGGCAACCCCCAUUUCACCUGCAUGAUUUCCAGCAGGAAACUGUCUGGCAGGACAAGAGGAAACAGGAGUAGAGACGGCAGCAACAAGCCCCUGGAGGCAAUUCCGGUUUGAAGGGUCAAGUACUACCUUGCUUGGGUUGCCUGGGAAACUGACGGCCUUCAUCAAAGCAAGUGUCUUAAAUAAAAUUCCGGUGUUGUGGUGGGUACCUGUAGUCCCAGCUACUCAGGGGGCUGAGGCAAGAAGAUUGCUUGAGCCCCAGAGUUUGAGGUUGCCGUGAGCUGUGAUGCCACCGCACCUAGCCUGGGGCAACAGAGUGAGACUGUCUCAAAAAAAAAAAAAUUUGGCUUUCCACCUUGGGUGAGGACGGUCCUAACUCCCUGGAAAUGGGCCCCUUGAAUUCUCUGGGAAGCUGGGGCCCUGGAUUAUAUGGGAAAUCGGCUCCAGGUCCCAGGUUGCUGUUGACCUACAGAGGAACAGGACAGUCUCAGAACACGGCUCUGCUGACAUGCCCAGCAAUGGGGAGGAGCAGAGUGGGAACAUGCACUCACGCUGCCGGGGCUGGGGCAGCCAUGAACCAUGAUGGGGCCUGCAGGGAGUGGACCUGCUGCCUCUUGGGAACGUGCAGCCAGCGCUGUGCCUAGGCUUAUCCACUGGGCUGAUGCCAGCCUGGCAGCCUUUCACCUCUCAGAAGCCCAGAAGAGAAUGAGGCAGAUGAGGCUCAGCUGG